AUGAAGCAAGUAAAACAAGUCUCUCGGCAGAUGCGCACUACUCACUAUAAGAAAUAUGAAGAUAUGGACAAUUAUGAUCCCGUUAAGUUUCCAGAAGUCCAUUUACGUUCGUCUCGACCACACAUGUCGCUAGAGAAUUCCAACGGCCGCGGCGCACGGGAUGCCAACGUCGCCCCUCCAAUGAACGCCGGCCAGAUAUCUGCGCAUUGGGUUUUUAAUUCUUGA